AUGGGGAAGAGAAUUCGUGAGAAAGAGUGCGCGUUGCCGAGUAGAAAUUGCAGUAGUAGCCAUCAUACUCAUCCAGGACGAGUUUGGGGAAUUCUUCAUGUUAUGAAGUACCAUCAUUGGCGACAGGUCAAGAGAAGGAUUACAAACAGAAGGCAUGGUGGUGGAAGACCUGAUGAAAGAGUUGAAAGGCCAGGAACUUCUUAUGAUUCUGGACUUAACUCUAAGCCAGAUAAUUGUACACCAUGUGCAGAGUUUUCUAAUUCCCCUUCUCCAUCCAAAAGUUCUUCUAUCAAAUCCCGAUUUAGGUCACUUCUCAAUGAAGAUAUAUACAAAAGGAAAGGUCGACACAAGAGAAGCUCAACUUGCCCUGCAAAGACAUCACUGCAAAUACCUCAUGCUGAUUCUGUUCACAACUUGGAGGUUGACCCACUUAGUGAAUUGUUACUAACUGUUGAGAGCCCUGAACCAGUUCUAAGAACCUUUCAGAACCAUCUUGCAGAAGGCACACUGGAUGUGUUAUCACCAGUUUUCUCUGAUAAACCAAUUGCCAAGAAUGACAAAUGCGUAGCUUGUGGUACAUUGUUUUCUAGUGACACUUUGGAGCAAAGCAAGAUUCAUAAACACUUGAGCUCUCCUAUUCAAGAUGGCCCGGAAGAGAAGUUGUUUAAUGCCAAGAUACUCACAACUGAUGCUUCACCCCACCACUUCAGGGACUUUCUUGAUGCAUUGGAUGUGAUAAACGCAAACAAGAACUUUCUAUUGGAAUAUAUACAGGAUCCAGGUUCUCCUUUGCCAUUUCACACUAAUCGCCAACAAUCUUCGAAAGCUAAUAUUAGACGAACCAGAUCUCUUUCAUUUCCUGUAUCUACCUCAUCAUCUGGAAAGUAAGAUUCUGAUCCAGGUCAACUCAUACACCAAAUGAUAGAUGAUCUGUUAAUUGCAGAAAAAAAGAACAUACAAACUCAAAGUAACAUGCCAAAGCCAAAUGAAUCCGUACAUUACUGUUUACCGUGUAGUUCUUCGCAUAAUUUCGAUCGAGUAGGUGAAAGAGAUCCUAAUUCGUCACCAGUUUCACCCCAGGUUCCCAACAAUGUGAGAACUAGUCACUUCAAGGAUCUUAGAAAUAAGAUGAGGCGCUUAAUUGAAGAGGGAAGAAAUGAAAGGCGUCGCAUUACCAUGGAUGCCAUACUUGACAAAAUUCCUCGGGGAAAGAGACUUACAAAAAAUAUGAAGAAGUUGAUUCAUGACAUGUCCAAAGAUCCCACAGUCAAUGGGGAAGGUGAAGAAAGUUCAACAAGUGGUUUUCAGAGCCGUCUCUCUUCUAUGUCAUUCAACAAGCAUCAACGAUCACCCAUGAGGAAUUCUUCUCUCAAAGAAUCAAUUGGAAGAUAUUCGCAGUUGUACGAUACUUGUUUUAAUAGUGAAGCCAAGUAUCCUAGGGUUGAAAACUCAAGAAUCAAAGAACAAAAGGCAAAUUCUACAUUAAAGACCCCAAAAUCCUUCAAAAGGUUUCUAUCAAUGCCUAAUUUGAAAUCUUACUUUCACCACAAUGAGGAGCCUUCUUUCCUUUUAUCCUCCCAAAACUCAAUGAAGAGGCAUGGAAAUAGAAACAUCAGCGCAAAUGACAUUGAUCAUGACAAUAGGAGGUUUAACCGUAGCGAUGACUCAAAAAGUCAAAUUUUUCCACCUACACUGGUCAAUAACACAAAUCAAGAAAUCAGCUUGAAGUCUGACCAAAAACAAAUGCUUGUCAGGAAUGCUUCAAAAUCAGGAAUAAAUUUUAGUGCUGAGGAAAAGGAAGAUAACGUGGGAAUUGAAGGUUUAGAAAACUUGAGAGACCGUGGACAAGACAUUGGAGCUGAAAUAGAUUACCCAGCGGAAGCAAACUCUGUCUUCUCUUCCGAUACCAGCUUUCUUGACGUUUCAUUUGAUCUAGAAGGUAUAUUUGAUCGUUUUAUACUUGAAUAUUUCAUUUUGUCCCUAACUUUUAACUUACCAUGUUCUUAUUUUCUUCAUGCAUUUUGUGUGUGAGCACAACUUGUCUAAUUGUAAGAAAUUAGCAUAGACAAAUGGAUAAGAUUCCCAUCUUAUGUUUUCAAUAUUA